GAAACAAAACAACCAGUAAUAAGUAAAUCGAACAAUGCAAUUUUGUUCAUGAUGUUAUCACGGCGCAUAUUUCAAUGCCGAAAUGCUAGUUUACAGCUUCGUCAAUUGCGACAUCUCGCAACAGCAGUCGAUCCUCUGGUAGGUGAAACAAAUGGGAAGCAACAACAUGGUGACAACCGGGUAAAAUUAGUGGAAGUUGGUCCCCGAGAUGGCUUACAGAAUGAGAAAAAAAUCAUACCUUUGGCGACGAAAAUCAGGUUGAUCGAAAAGCUAGCAAAGACGGGCUUGCAGGAUAUUGAAGCCGGUUCUUUCGUUGCGCCGAAAUGGGUGCCACAAAUGGCAGAUGCGAGUGAGAUUCUCGAACAUGUUCUCCAAAAGCACAAUCAAUCGACCGGUCCGCUCAGAUACUCUUUCCUAGCACCCAAUAGGAAGGGUCUUGACAAAGCCCUGAACAUUUUGUCUCAAAAUCGCAAUGCAUACAAUACUGCCGACGUUCCUCUAGAUGAUGGUCCGGCGGAUCCCAAUUCGUCUCCCAACAAGCCAUAUAUCGAGAUGGCCGUUUUUGCUGCAGCAACCGAGUCAUUUACACAAAAGAACCUUAACUGCGACAUUGCUACAUCACUAAAACGAUUUGAAGAAGUCAUCCAAGGCGCAAAGGCAGCCGGAAUGCGAGUUCGUGCCUACAUAUCAGUCGUGCUGGGUUGCCCAUUCGAAGGCGACAAUGUAGAUCCCCACCGAGUUGCGGAAAUAGCGACAGAGUUAUUGGAAAUGGGAGCGGAUGAGAUUGAUCUUGGAGAUACAACUGGAAUGGGUACAGGACCUAAGACUCAAAAGCUUUUACGUACCAUGCAAUCAGCGGGGAUACUGAAUGAGGAUAUUGCUAUGCACUUUCACGAUACAUAUGGGCAGGCGUUAAUCAACACUGUUGUGAGCUUGGAACACGGCAUUAGAACUUUCGAUAGUAGUGUUGGGGGACUGGGUGGGUGUCCUUAUAGUCCUGGAGCUACUGGAAAUGUAGCCACGGAAGAUAUGGUUUACCUCUUAGAGAGCAUGGGGAUGCAGACUGGUGUUGAUUUAGACGCAUUGGCUGACAUUGGACAAUGGAUUACUGGGGAAAUCGGGAAGCCGAAUGCAAGUAGUGUUGGGAAGGCAGUGAUAGGUGCAAGAAGUCGUAAAUGAUGCUCAUGAACAAUGCGAUGGGUACACUCAGAAGGUUCAAAACUGUUUUUUGACAAAUUGAGAUGGAUAACUGGCGUUCGGUGGGAAUGGGGGGGGAUGGAGCACGAUUGUGAAAUGGUGCAUAUACAGCAUUGCUUACUACCAUGCGACAUCCUGAGUGAUUCAACGAACUCAAAUGAAUACACAUAGUCUUUACUGCUUUUUUAAUGAUUUCUUACACAAAAUGAAGAGAGAACUUGACA